CAGGAAUGGAUGCUUUCGCUGUGUUAUUUUAAUCCCAAAAACAUUGAGGAACAGAAGAUCACAGAAAUGGUUUAUGCCAUCUUUCGCAUCCUUCUUUAUCAUGCUGUGAAAUAUGAAUGGGGUGGAUGGCGCGUUUGGGUGGAUACAAUCUCAAUCACACAUUCAAAGGUCACUUUUGAAAUGCAUAAGGAGAGCUUGGCUCAGGCAUUCAGAGACUAUGAAGGUGAACUUGAUGGUGAAAUAGGACCCGGACCCUCAAGCCCAAUACGCACUGUUUCUGGAAGCAGCAGAACAUUUGAGAGCAGGCCACAGACUCCACCUUUGGAACUCACAGAGGCACCAUCCAAUGUAGAUAAUUCACUACCUGGUGAAACUGUAGAAGAAACAGAAGAGAGACAUGAAGGGGAUGAAAACAAUUCUCAUAUAAAAGAAAACCUGAAACAAAAAGCAGAUGGUGAUAUUGUUGCAGUAGUUGAUAUAACAAAAAGUCAAAAUGAGGUUUAUGUAGAUGAACUAGAUAUUGGUGCACAAGAGCAUGCACCUAGCAUUGUCCCUCUUCCAAAUGACAAUGAGGAUGUGGGGGCUAAUUGUACUGUGGCUGAUCAAGCUGCUUCUACAGAGCGUUUAACAAAAGAACUGGAUGAUGGGGAAAUCAAAUCAAAUGAAGAUGUCUCCAUAGUAGAGCAUUCAGACUUGGCAAUAAAGGUUGAAAUUACAGUACAGAGUGAAAACUUAGACGCACCGGAGAAGGAAACUUACACAGAAAAUAGCAGUGAAGUAGAAAGCACACAAGUAGAGUGUGCUAAUAUUUCUGACAAUUUGAAUGUACCUUCCAGUAUAGUUACUGCAGAUGCUACACCACAGGACAGUGCAAUUCAAGAAGUCAUUAAAGCACCAUCUAUGUCCAUGGAAAAUGUUGAUUCUUCUUCAGUACCUAUAGAAGAAGGCGCAGUUUCUAACAGCACAAAUAGCUCCUAUGAUAUUGGGGACCAAAAAAGCAGUACGUUGGAUGGUCAGAGCUCUGAUAAGAAAAUUGCCAAGCUUGAUGUGUCAAGUAUUGCUUCUGAUACUGAAAACUUAGAACUAAAAGCAAGUUCAAAUGGUGAAUCAGAUCAACCUCUGAAAGUGUUACACGAGGAUGCUGUUAAGCAGCCAGCAGUACAUGAGAUGAACCCAUCGAUUUCUCCUGACAGCCAGAGAAGAGAUUCUAGAUCUACAAUGUUUCGUAUUCCGGAGUUUAAAUGGUCAAUGAUGCAUCAGCGGCUAUUAACAGACCUUUUAUUUUCAAUAGAAACUGAUAUCCAAAUGUGGCGAAGCCACUCAACAAAGACAAUAAUGGACUUUGUGAACAGCAGUGAUAAUGUUAUUUUUGUACACAACACAAUCCACCUUAUAUCGCAAAUAACAGACAACAUGAUCAUGGCGUGUGGUGGGUAUAUUACCAUUACUUUCUGCUGCAACCUCUACUACUCAUGAACUGGAAAAUAUUGAACCUACCCAAGGUCUUUCUAUAGAAACAGCUAUAACAUUCCUUCAGAGAGCAAUAAGUCUUGUAGAUGUCCUUAUUUUUGCAAGUUCAUUGGGCUUUACAGAUAUUGAAGCUGAAAAAAAAUAUGUCAUCUGGGGGCAUCCUACGGCAGUGCCUUCGAUUAGUGUGUGCUAUUGCUGUUAGAAAUUGUCUGGAGUGUCAGCAGCACUUGCAAUUAAAAUCCACAGGAGAAAAUAUGAAAAACCAGAAGGCAAUUCAUGGCCUGGUGGGAACAGCAAAAUCUGCUGCAAAGAGUCCAGUUGACAUACUGACAGGAGGAAUUUCUCCGGUGCGAGACUAUGACAGACUUCUACAAGACAUGGAUAUAAACAGAUUGCGAGCUGUUGUCUUCAGAGAUGUGGAGGACAGUAAGCAGGCCCAGUUUCUAGCACUGGCUGUUGUCUACUUCAUUUCUGUGCUCAUGGUAUCAAAGUAUCGGGACAUUCUGGAGCCUCAGAAUGAGAGAAAGCAGCUUCAAGCCAGCACCCCUUCCAAGCAUGUGGAAAAUGGCAGUGCUGAUGCUGGAACUUCAGAUGCUCUACCCAGUUCCACACCAGAGAUUUCAGAGGAUUUGGAGAGUUCUAUAUCUGUACGAAGAAGAGACUCUGGUAUUGGAGAAGAACCAAUGUUGGUGUCAGGUUGUAAUUCAGAGACUGAAGUUGGCACUGAUCCCAUGAGUUCAGGCCCUGAUGCCAUUAGUGAAGUAUUGCA